UAGCAUAGAUGGUAGGAUCAUGAUGUUGGUAUAAUCGUACUAAUAAUUUAAUGGACAAAGAUAUUUUAAUAAGUGUGUGAAUUGUGCUUUUAAUCAUUGGAUAUUUUUUUAGCUUGAUGAUGAAUUGCUAGGGAUUAGUCAGAUCAGUCUAUCCUGGGCCACAAUCCGGACCAAAGCAGGUAGUGCCAAAAUUAAGCAACGAGCGGACGGACGCCAUCAACAUCAAAUCAACAAGCAAAUUGUGACAUUCACAUUGGCGGGUUUGCUUGAUAAAUUAUUUACAUUUGCUUUGAAUAUCAAGUGAAAAAACUGACCAAGAUGUUAAAUACCGACACGUGGAACCCUGAAAAUACGUUAAAAAUUUUAAUAGCAUCGGACAUUCACCUGGGCCAUGUAGAAAGCGACCCGGUGCGCGGUGAGGACAGCUUCCUCGCAUUCGAGGAGGUGCUGGCCGAGGCGGCGACGCGCGACGUCGAUCUCGUCCUGCUGGGCGGCGACUUGUUCGACCACGCCAAGCCCUCGCCCGCUUGCAUGUUCAAGUGCACACAGCUCAUCCGCCAGCACUGCUUCGGUGACAAGCCGGUUCGCAUCGAACUGCUGUCAGAUCAGCUCGAGAACUUCUCUCGCAACAUAAACUACGAGGAUCCCAAUCUCAAUGUGUCGUUUCCCAUUCUGUCCAUCCACGGCAAUCACGAUGACCCCGUAGGACAGGGCAGCGUGAGCUCGCUGGACAUCCUGUCAAUCACUGGGCUCGUCAACUACUUUGGUAAGUGGAGCGACUAUACGCGCGUGCGGAUCUCGCCCGUGCUGCUGCGCAAGGGCUCCACGCAGCUCGCGCUUUACGGCCUCAGCCAUCUUAAGGACCAGCGUCUUGCACGCCUUUUUGCAGAGAAGAAAGUUGAAAUGGAGAUGGUGGAUGACAGCAACAAAUGGUUCAAUAUGCUGGUUCUGCACCAAAACCGCGCAGACCGGGGCCCAGGUAACUUUAUACCAGAAAAAGUGCUACCAAAAUUCCUGGAUCUGGUGGUCUGGGGUCAUGAGCAUGACAGUCUAGUGUUCCCAAUCAAGGGAGAAAAGAAUGAUGAUUUUAUGGUGGUGCAGCCAGGUAGUACAGUGGCAACGUCUUUAGCUGCAGGAGAGGCACUGCAGAAACACUGUGCUCUAUUAGAAAUCCAUGGAACUAACUACAAAGUUACCCCGAUUCCACUUAAAACUGUUAGACCAUUCAUUUUUAAAACCAUAGUUCUAUCUGAAGAGGAUCUCGGGGAAGAGGAGGUCAAUGAGCAUGAGAAGGUGCAGGAAUUUCUGAAGAAUAAAGUGAAUGAGGCCAUUGAAGAGGCAAAUAAUCUCCGCAGCGGGCAUCCCAAACAACCCACCCUACCACUUGUAAGACUAAGUGUGUUUUAUGAGCGGCCAAGCCAGGAUUUUAACAGGAUGCGUUUUGGUCAGAAUUUCACUGGACAGGUUGCUAAUCCAAAUGAUCUUUUAGUUAUGAAGCGAGAGAAAAAGUACAGAGAACGAAAGGAGGCAGAGGAAAUGGCAGAGGUAGAUGUGGCGCGCGCGGCACAUGAAGCAGCUGACGUCGAAUCGUUACUGGCGGCGUACUACGCUGCGCUGCCUCCAGCGCGCCAGCCAGCCGUACUGAGCGCGCGCGCUGCCACCGAGGCCGUGCGUGACUUCACGCUCAAACACGACGACGGCGUUUUCCGCCGCGUGUUCGACGCGCACCGCCGCCGCGCAGUCGAAGCGCUGCUCGAUUCAACCGCCGAGACUGAUGAAGAGAUCAUGGAGCGCAUGCGCCUGGCCAAAGACGUGCUCGAUUCUACUGAUCUCGAUCAGCUGAAGAUGCUCGUGGACCUGAACAUCGUCGGGGAUCCUGCGCCUAAAACUAAGCCACGCGCAACGAGUAAAGCGGCUGCAAAAGCGUUAGUGGUAGUUUCGAGCGAAGAUGAGGCAUUGGAACAGUCAAACACACCACGCGGGGGCAAAGCGACGCGCUCGCGCGGACGUGGACCGCGCGCGACGCGGGGCCGCCCGACGCGCUCAGUGCCGUCGCCCGCCCCGACGCCGGAGCCGGAGCGCCGCGCGCCGCGUCGCGCCGCCACCAAGGCCACCUGGCUGACGGGCGCCGCAGCCGGCCGCACGCGUAACUCCUCCAGUAUCGAGGACUCUGACUGAGCUGUACCGUCCGUCAACAUGAAUGACCAAUUAUUUACCUUAAGCAAAUAAUGUCAGGUCCUAGUUAUAAAUAAUUUGAUGACUGGCUAAACCAGCUUUUCUUUCAUUUAAAUUUGGAGAUAGAAAAGUAACAAAGUCAUCAGCCAAAGUUAUCAGUGUUAACAGGCUGAUGCGAAUCCGCACGCUGCUUCAGUGUGCGAGGAGCAGAUUCGCCAACCUUGGCUAGCAUACAGGUGUAAGUGGAACAAGAUAACAAGGCUUGCUGCCUCUUAGGUAUAAAUUUGUCCUGUUCUCGUCUUGUAUUUCAGGAUUAAGUUACAUACUUGUAAGAUGUGAUGUUUUUUUUUCCAAGUCAAAAUGUUUGUUCCAAAAUCUUGUAUUCGAUUGUAGAUUGCGCUGAAACAUAUAAGUUUGUUGGGUUUCGUAUAAUGUCUAUUAUUACUAAGUUCAAAUACAUAAAAGUUUUAAUUUCAUUACCUUA